AGUGCUAGAGAUGUUCUGCUCACGCAUGACGACCUCUUUUGUAUUGGACAUCGCUUGUGCUCGAAACGUGAUGUGCGAAUAAAGCGAGUUCAUUUGCUGCGAAUGGUUGGCGAAAUUUUGGAAAAAAUCGAUACGGAUCCUGGCUAUGCCUCGAAAAUCAGCUAUGAUGAAUACCCUACAGAUGACUGGGAUGUCCCAGAUAUGCGUGAUGUGGAGGAAAUAUUCGAUGCUCUUUGUGCCACUGCGCAUUUUCAUGGAUGGUCUUAUACAAAGCUGAUGCCGAUGGCUAUGGUACUCUACGUCGCCAAUUUCCAUUUUAAUGACUUCACCAAGUACUUCGUGAUCAAACCUGAAACGGUCAUGAACUCUAGGAAAAGGAAUUCUGAAAGCGAUAGCCUUGAUUUCCAUAACGAAAAUGGGUCGUCUUUACCGUCAACUAUCAAACGAGGACUCAGUAUGAAUGAGUUGUGCUAUAAAGUAUUGUUAUGCUGUUAUGAACAUGCUGAAUGCGCUUCAUGUUUCGCACAGCCGGUCCCUGAGAACACUCCUGGAUACUAUAAGGUGAUCCAGAAUCCUAUGGAUCUUGGUACGAUAGCAGCUCAGCUACAAAAUUCCAGUGUCACGGGUGCCAUGUCAGUUUCUGAAUUUAUUGAGAAAAUGAACACGGUGUUCCGCAACUGCUCCAAAUUUAAUCCGAAAAAUUCGCCUGUCGCUGAGGCUGGACGCAGGGUUUGGCAAUCGUACCAGUCGGCUGUCAAAAAGUAUUUACCGUCAUAUACCAAAGAUAUUUGGUUGUAUGUAAGCCUCCAUGACCGAAAGGUAUCGCUUCAAAAACGACGGAAAAGGUCUUUGAGUAAAAACGACCUCAAAACGCCCAGGUUGUCGUCAGUUCAGUGA